UCCGGAGGCUCUUGGAUGGCAUCUUGCUCUAGGAGAAAUAAUGGACUUCUGGCUUUGGUCAUUUUACUUCCUGUCAGUAUCGGGUGCUCUGAGGACCCUCCCAGAAAUACAAGUGGACGGGGAACUGGGCGGAUCCGUUACCAUCGAGUGCCCACUUCCUCUUCCCGAAACACACGUGAGGAUCUAUUUGUGCCGAGAGACGGCUGACUCUAAAAGAUGCAGUACCGUGGUGUCCAACAAGUUCGUCAAGGAGGAAUACAGGGACCGGGUCACACUGCAGCCAUGCCCAGACAAGAAUCUGUUCCAAGUGGAGGUGACAGAUCUGACCGAGAGUGACAGUGGAGUCUACGCCUGUGGGACAGGCAAGAGGACAAACAGAGGAAAGACCCAGAAAGUCACCUUGAAUGUCCACAUACAGUAUGAGCCAUUCUGGGAAAAGGAGCCUCCACAAUGGUUUCCUAAAUUUCCGCACCUGCCCCAUUGGCUCCAGAUGCUGCCACAUGCCAGUUCUUCCGAAUUUACAGACAAAGCUACUAUGCCAACUCAAAGAACUGAAGCCCCUCCAGUCCAGCACCUCUACCCCACUUCCCGAAUCACCCACCACCCUCAAGUUUCCAGAGCGACUUCAGUAGCAACUGCCAAGCCCACAACCCUCCUGCCAUCCACAACAGCCUCAAAGACCUCAGCUCUGGCACGGCUGCUCAAGUCCCGGACAGCCAGCUACAAUCACCACACCAGGUUGCAUAAACAGAGAGCGUUCAACUACGGCUCACAGUCUGAGCGGGAAGGCCAAGAGUUUCAUAUCCUGAUCCCAACCAUCCUGGGUCUUUGCCUGCUGGCACUUCUCGUGUUGGUGGUGAAAAGGGCCAUUGAAAGGAGGACAGCCCUCUCCAGACGGGCCCGCCGACGGGCUGUGAGGAUGCGCGCCCUGGAGAGCGCCCGGCGGCCCCGGUCACAGCGGCCCCGCGCGCAGCAGCGACCACGCUGCCAAAACAACCUCUACAGCGCCUGCCCGCGGCGCGCUCGGGGAGCGGAUGCGGCGGGAGACGGGGAGGCUCCUGUUCCAGGUCCCGGAGCGUUGACGCCCCCCGCCCCGCCGCCGGUAAGCCCCGCCCCUUCCCUGAUUGGCAGCCGCGGCUCGAACGGUCGGCCCCGUACCUGGGCGUGGCCCCGAGCGCGGUUACUCUGGCUCCAGGCGACAGCUUUCCCGGCGGCUUCGGGGCCCGCGCCGGGGAAAAGGUUGUGUCCAUUUCCUGCUUUGUUGGUGUCGGGACACCCACGACCGGCAACUGUGGUCGGCCUGGUUCCAUCGGUUUUAGGCAAGCAGUCCUCAUGGGAAAAAUGGGUGCUGGACGCCG